AUGUUUCCCCUACCACAUCUAAUAAAGGUUCAAGACAUUCUCAGAAAUACCAUGUUGGGACGUAAAUUUUUCAGGUUUUUUCUCCGUCCAUUGCUUUAUCGCAUAACACGAAAAUAUGGGACACUCAGCGCAACAACCUGUUACUUUAUGUAUCCGAUAAAAUUAUCUCAUAUUUCUACUGAAACUAUAAUGACGAAUUAUCAGUAUAUUGAAUAUCCCUUAUUAUCUUCAUUACAAUUACAAAUAGACUCUACAAUCAGUUUUAUAAAUCAACUUCUUAAAGAAUUUCAUACACUUUUAAUUAAUUUAGAGGAAAUUGCUAUUCGAUAUGGUGAAUUACAAUUAUCUUAUAUGAAUUCAGACGAGCAAAAUGAUGAAUUAUUAUUAGAGCUACGUUCACAAUGGUCUAUACUUACUCAUAAACUUGAUAGUAUGGAAAUAAUUAAACUGCAUUUUUGUACGAAGAAUAUAUUAAGACAACACCUACUAAACACAAACAUUUACCCAAUGAAACUUUGUUAA